UACUCACCCCAACCAGGCUUCGAACUGGCCGCUUGACGGUCGGGUACUCACCCCAACCAGGCUUCGAACUGGCCGCUUGACGGUCAGGUACUCACCCCAACCAGGCUUCGAACUGGCCGCUUGACGGUUGGGUACUCACCCCAACCAGGCUCCGAACUGGCCGCUCGACAGUCGGGUAUUCACCCCAACCAGGCUUCGAACUGGCCGCUCGAUGGUUGGGUACUCACCCUGACCGGGCUUUGAACUGGCCACCUUUCCGUUGGUAGAUCUUAUUACUGCUGGUGAUUCUCUGAUCCCUUUGCUUCCCCAGAUUCCGAAAUGUCGACUCCAGAGUCUUCGAAGGAUGAUUUGGAAGCGCAGCCAGAUUUCACUUGGGUGGUCAAGGCCAACGACCGGGCUUUCCAUGACCAGUUCGUGAAGAGGCACUUCUACUGUCUGAAGAGGAAAAAGUAUGCGGAUAAUGCCAUCAAGACGGCCAAGUAUAACGUGGUCACCUUUCUCCCCCGCAACCUCUUUGAGCAAUUCCACCGGAUGGCCAACUUGUAUUUCAUCUCCAUCAUUUUGUUACAGACGGUCCCCCAGAUCUCCACGCUUCCCUGGUUUGCCCUCCUCUUCCCUCUCGGCAUCCUUCUCGGCAUCCGAGGGGUCCGGGACUUGAUCGACGACAUCGGACGGCACCGGAGCGACUGGGAAAUCAACAGCCGGCCCUGCGACAUUUUGAGCGGAAAAAGUUUCUGCACAAAGAAAUGGGCCGACGUUCGCGUGGGAGACAUAGUUCGCCUCCACAAGGACAGCUUCGUGCCGGCCGACCUGCUCUUACUCUCGAGUUCGGAGCCCAACAGCCUUUGCUACAUAGAGACGAUGGAUAUAGACGGAGAGACCAACCUGAAGUAUAGGCAAGCUCUCCUCGUGACACACGAAAAGUUAUCUUGCGAAGAAAACAUGGUGGACUUUGAUGGGAUCGUGACCUGCGAAGAGCCCAACAGUCGGAUGCACAGCUUCAUCGGCAUUUUGGAGUGGCAAGGCGAGCAAUACUCCCUCGACAGCGAGAAGGUCUUGCUGCGCGGGUGCCGCAUCCGCAACACCGAGAUCUGCUACGGUCUUGUCAUCUAUGCAGGAUUCGACUCCAAGAUCAUGAAGAACUGUGGGAAGGUCAAGGUGAAGAAAACCAACCUCAACCGACUGAUGGACCGACUCGUCUUGUUGAUUGUGGCGGCGCUCGUGCUCGUCUCCUUCGGCCUGUCCAUCGGCUCCGGCCUUUGCGCAGAGAAGUUCCGCCGGGAGCACGGCUACCUGUCCGUCUUCUACGACAGCGUCCCCGCGGUGGAGUCGGCCGUCUUGGCCUUCUUCGGCUUCCUCAUCCUCCUCAGCCUGGUCAUCCCCAUGUCCAUGCUCAUCACGUUCGAGUUCAUCUACCUGGUCAACAGCUGCUUCAUCAACUGGGACCUGGAGAUGUACUUGGCCGAGAAGGACACGCCGGCCCAGGCCCGCAGCACCAGCCUCAAUGACCAGCUGGGACAGAUCCAGUACGUCUUCUCGGACAAGACGGGGACCUUGACCCAGAACAUCAUGACCUUCAAGAAAUGCUGCAUCAACGGGAAGAUAUACGGUACGAUGUCGGUGACGAGGGAGAUGCCUUUCCUGUAUUAUUAGUUUACUCUGGGGAAGACCGUGGGCUUCUAUGACCACUGCCUUUUGGAUACCGUCCAGCAAAACACCGACCCUGUGGUGCGGGAAUUCAUGCGCUUAUUGGCCCUUUGCCACACGGUGAUGGUGGAGGAGAAGGACGGUGAGUUGCUUUACCAAGCGGCGUCGCCGGACGAAGAAGCCCUGGUAUCCGCGGCUCGGGAUCUCGGCUACGUUUUCUUAUCAAGGACGCAAGACACCAUCACCAUCCAGGAGCUGGGUGUUCAGAGAACCUAUAAGGUCUUGGCCAUCUUGGACUUCAACAGCGUCCGCAAACGGAUGUCUAUCCUGGUUCAAGACCCCGAGGGCUGCAUCCGGCUCUACACCAAAGGAGCCGACACGGUGAUUCUGGAGCGGCUGCGGCGAGACCCCGUCAGCGAGGGCUACACCGUCAAGGCCUUGGAUAGUUUCGCCGAGGAGACUUUGAGGACUUUGUGUCUCGCCACCAAGACGGUGAAUGCGCAGGACUUUGAAACCUGGAGUAAGAAGCACCACGAAGCCAGCGUCACAUUGCAAGGCCGGGCCCAACAACUGGACAAAGUGUAUGAGGAGAUCGAGCACGGCCUUCAGCUCCUGGGUGCCACGGCCAUUGAAGACAAGCUGCAAGACGGGGUCCCAGAGACGAUCGACCUCCUCAAAAGAGGAGGCAUGAAAGUGUGGGUCCUCACCGGAGACAAGCAAGAGACGGCGGUCAACAUUGGUUUCUCCUGCCAGCUCCUUUCCGACGACAUGACCAUCCUGGAGGAAGAUGUGAUCAGAGAUAUCCUUGAGCCGUCUUGGUACAGCAGCAGCAGUCUCGCCAACAGCAAGGAAUCGCUUUGUAACAGCUCUUUACAGUCCUUCCAGGCAUCGUCCAUCUACGGAGAGAAGGCCCUGGUGGUCACGGGGGACUUCUUGGUAAGACGGGUCAUGAGCAAAAGCUGUGUCUUCUCACCUGCAGACACAAAGGUGGAAGCUUGGUUCUCAAUGAUCUCCAGGUCUUUGAAGGAUUGCUAUGUAGAUGAUGGAGCAAGCUUGUCUUCAGCUUCUCCAGAUGUUAGGACUCGAAUGGAUGGAUUCAGAGGACUUGAAUCGAUGGAUUCAGAAGAUGGGUCUUUGAAGGACCACCUUAUAGUCCCAUCAUCCAGAGACAAAAUCUUCCACAUGGACGGGGAGAAGAGGGCAAAGAGGAAGAAGAGUUUUUUGGAGCGUUUUGGGUGCCGUACGGCGGACCCUGAGGAGGACCAAGGGCACUUGGUGGAGCAGGCCUUUGUGGAGCUGGCCACCGAGUGCCAGGCUGUCAUCUGUUGCCGGGUGACUCCCAAGCAGAAAGCGCUGAUUGUGGAGAUGGUCAAGCGGCACAAGAACGCCAUCUCCUUGGCCAUCGGGGACGGGGCCAACGACGUCAACAUGAUCAAAACCGCCGACAUCGGGGUGGGCAUCAGUGGUCAGGAAGGGAUGCAAGCGGUCCAGUGCAGUGACUAUGCCUUGGCCCAGUUCCGCUACCUCCAGAGGCUCCUCUUCGUCCACGGGCGCUGGUCCUACAUCCGGAUCUGCAAGUUCCUCCGCUACUUCUUCUUCAAGACUUUCGCGGGCAUGAUGGUGCAGAUCUGGUUCGCUUUCUACACAGGCUUCACGGCCCAGCCGCUUCUGGAAGUCUGGUUUCUCGCCUUGUACCAUGUUUUCUACACUUCGUAUCCGGUUCUGUGCAUGGGGAUAUUUGAACAGGAUGUGAGUGCCGGAAAAAGCCUACAUUUCCCAGAACUCUACAAGGUGGGCCAGACGAACCAGCUUUUCAAUUUCCGGACUUUCUGCGUUUCUUUCCUCCACGGCUCCUGCGUCUCUUUGGUCAACUUCUACAUCACUUUUUGGGCCAUGGGGGAUCGAGCCGGGGUCCACGUCAUUGGUGACUAUCAAUCCUUUGGCAUGAUUGUCGCCACCUCGGCCAUAAUGACCGUCACUGCUGAGAUCAUGAUGGAGGUCAAAUUCUGGAACAUCUUCUCUGUGCUGGCCAUCGUGGUGAGCCUGGCUUUCUACUGCCUGUUCUCCUACGUCACGCAAAGUUUUGAGGCCUACCGAACGGCUUACGUUUCAUUCCCUUAUCCGGAUGCCGCCAAGAACGCCCUGACAGAUCCAACCAGCCUCCUGGUGAUCUUGCUCUGCGUGAUGGUCAACGUCAUCACGUCCCUCACCGUCCGCUUCGUGGACAGCUUUUCCCGUUCCACCGACAUGUCCGACAUGGUGGAGACCCGGGGCCUCCACCGGAAGGAGAAGCCCGUGGAGCUGACCUCCCACGUCCGGAGGACCACCUUCCGCCGGCGCUCCAGCUACGCCUUUUCCCACGAAGGAGGCUACGCCGACCUCAUCUCCCGAGGGGCCAGUCUCCGCACCAAAGGGCCCCGGGGCCCCACCCGGGACAAAGUCUUCCGCACCGCACCACCACUCCCCGAAGAGAGCCCAGUUCCCUCCAAAGCCAGCCGCCUAUCUCCAGAAAAGCCUUUCAAGCAAUAGCUCCACUUGGGUUGGUGCAAAGAGAGGUUCUCAGUGUCGGCCGGACGGUUCUCGACUGUGUUCCUGCUCCUGCGGUUCCAACGUCCUUUAUUUGCCAGUACUUUGGACCGAACUCUGUGUGGAUAUGAAGGAAGGCGGACAUGCCCACGGCUCAUGGCACUCGCUGCAAGAGAAAUCUCAUUUCGAGGAAUGCAUACAUUAUCUGUUGACUCAGAUUUAAGUGCACCUUAUCAAGGGAGAGGUUCCUAUCUUUCAUAGGCAACAGUGGAGGUUUUGCAGGCCUCCAAAUGAAGGAGGAGGAGGGUUACAUGGCCCCCGUGCUGCUUUUAUGCCAUACCAAAUUGUUAAUCUACCCUUGUUUCCCCGAAAAUAAGACAUCGCCGAAAAAUACGACCUAGUCGAAGUUUUGCUGAAUUGCUAAAUUAUAAGGCCUCCCGCGAAAGUAAGACCUAGCAAAGCUUUUGUUUGGAAGCAUGCCCAAUGAACAGAACACUCGAGCAUGCAGGAUCGGUAAAUGUACGUACAUGGAAAUAAUGGUAGUAACAAGAAAUUCUUGAUAGGAUUCACAGUUUGUCUGGUCAUGCUGGUUUGUGUAUAUAAUAAAUGUUCAUUUUUUUGUUCAGCAAUAAAUGUGAAUUCUUUUUCAUGGAAAAAUAAGACAUCCCCUGAAAAUAAAACCUAGCAAAAAUUAAUAUAAGAUAUAAUAUAAUAUCUUAUUUUUGGGGAAACACGGUAUUUAUGGGCAUUGUGUUGACAAUGGAUAGGAGGGGAAUGAUACCCCUUGUUUGUGGGCUGUCUCCUAAAUCGGGAGACGCAUUGCAUGACCUCCUGGAUGCUAUUGGAGAGCAACUCCCAUCAUCCCCUUCCAUCAGGCAAUCCAGUGACAUCCGGUGAAUGGUCGAAAUCCACCUCCGAUUUUUUCCAAUUUAUUUUCAGCCCUGUUAUUUCUCCAAACUUCAUUAUGCUCCCCUAUUAUUUCCAUUUCAUCUGCUAUUCCUUUUAAGGUCAAAAUUGUGUCAUCGGCAAACAAGCUAAUUUUAUCUGAAUCUGUUGUCGAAGGCUUUUAUGGCCGGGAUCACAGAGUUGUUGUAUAUCUUUCGGGCUG